CGAAGAGGGUAGGUUGUAGGCAGCGCAUGUGGCGGACGCGGAAAGCUUGGGACCUCACCUGCUGCCGCGACUGAGCCGCCCACCUCGCUGCUUCCCAGGCGCUCUACACCACUAGCCCUGGUGCCGGCUUGAGGACGCCAAGGAGGCAGGGGGCCAACGGGGCUGACCGGCGUCGGUCCGUCGGGUUCGCGGGCCGAGUCUACGAACGCCUCUUGGCAGAGGUUGCGGGGCCACCCCCGCUGCUGUGCCAUGACCGACUCUCUCCGCAAAGGGGACUCUUCCUCAGCGGUUGCUGCAGAGAGAGAUGAAAAGCCUGUUAGAUCGUGAGACGAGUUCGGGGUCGGCCAGUUAGGGGCACUUGGCAAUCAGGCCGCCGCGCCUUCCCGGGCUCGUUCCUUUUGCCCUGUGAGGGAGGGAGGCCUAGUUCGCCUCCGGGCGCGCGGCGGGGGGGGGGGGCGUUGGGUAAGGGAGGAGGCCUGGGCGGAGCGCGCGCAGACGGUAUGUUCCUGCGGAGGCCGCCGGCCCUGGCCGCCUGGCUGGCGGGCGCGGCGGCGGCGGCUGGGCGCGGGGGGGCGCAGGGCGGGGGCCUGCUCGCCCUGCUGGCCAAUCAGUGCCGCUUCGUGACGGGCCUGCGUGUGCGGCGCGCGCAGCAGAUCGCGCAGCUGUACGGCCGCCUCUACUCGGAGAGCUCGCGCCGCGUCCUCCUCGGACGCCUCUGGCGCCGGCUGCGAGGCCGCCCUGGCCAUGCCUCUGCCUUGAUGGCGGCGCUCGCUGGCGUGUUCGUGUGGGACGAGGAGAGAAUCCAGGAGGAGGAGCUGCAGAGAUCCAUUGAUGAAAUGAAACGGUUGGAGGAAAUGUCACAUAUGUUUCAGCGCUCUGGAGUUGAAUGCCACCCUCCAGAACCAAAAUCACAGAGAGAAGGAAAUGAAGAUUCAGGGGGCAAAGAACAGCCAUGGGAAAUGGUGAUGGAUAAGAAACACUUUAAGCUCUGGCGCCGCCCUAUUACAGGCACCCACCUUUACCAGUACAGAGUUUUUGGAACCUACACAGAUGUGACACCUCGGCAGUUCUUCAAUGUUCAGCUGGAUACAGAAUAUAGAAAAAAGUGGGAUGCCCUGGUAAUCAAGCUGGAAGUGAUUGAGAGGGAUGUGGUUAGUGGUUCUGAGGUUCUUCACUGGGUAACCCAUUUUCCUUAUCCGAUGUACUCCCGGGAUUAUGUUUAUGUUCGACGGUAUAGCGUGGAUCAGGAAAACAAUGUGAUGGUGUUGGUGUCACGUGCUGUGGAGCACCCUAGUGUUCCAGAGUCUCCAGAAUUUGUAAGGGUCAGAUCGUAUGAAUCCCAGAUGGUUAUCCGUCCUCACAAGUCAUUUGAUGAGAAUGGCUUUGACUACUUGUUGACAUACAGUGACAAUCCCCAGACUGUGUUUCCUCGCUACUGCGUUAGCUGGAUGGUUUCCAGUGGCAUGCCAGAUUUCCUGGAGAAGCUGCACAUGGCCACUCUUAAAGCCAAGAACAUGGAGAUCAAAGUAAAGGACUAUAUCUCGUCUAAGCCUCUGGAAACCGGUAGUGAAGCCAAGGCUACCACCCCGUCUUCCGAGCGGAAGAAUGAGGGUAGUUGUGGCCCUGCCCGGAUCGAGUACGCUUGAAGGGCUUUGGGAUAAGAAGGGACAGGCUGCUUCUUAGCCCUGUCUCAGUCCCUUAUCUGCUACAGAACAGGGACAUGUAUUUGAAGGCGUCUGCUGUAACCACCAGGGCAAGAUAACUCAGUAACUGGUGUCCAGUUUCAUUCAGAGCCCUUAUUGCUCUUUAUCAAAACAGAAGGAGGCAUCCAUGGGGGCGUUGUCAUAUUCUCAGGCCAAGCAUCUUGAAAUUCAGUAUUUCACUGAGCUAAUCUGGAACAAACCUCACCUCAGGCCAGAAGGGGACAACUUUUUUUUGCUUCCUCUGAGUGGUUUCCUCUGCCAAGGUUCCAGGUUCCACCAUCGGUUCUGCAGCACUUGGGAUUUCCUUCAGUUCUGAAGGUCCAACUGGAAAGUGCAGUUGGCUGGUUGAGUCUUCAGUGAGGGGUCACGGGGAGUGCUCUUGGUAACAGUUCUGGUGUUGAAUGGGCAUGAGCUGUUGGGCAGUGUAAGUGCCUUGUCCUCACCCUGCUUCUAUCUUGGGGACGUCAGGUUUGUACCAGGAAAUUUCUCUCUGCCUCUCAGUACCACCCUAUUGACUCGCCCUACCCAAAGCAGUUUCCUUUGCAUUGGUCAGUUCUUCUGUAUUCAUGGACUGUAUUAAUUUGGAUCAUCGCCUCCUUCCGUAGAGCUCAUUCACCAAGAACACUGGGAAAUGAGUAUUUCAGAUGGUAGUUUUCUGUGUCAUCAAUGUUUUGAUAGGGUUAAUGGCAGUUCUCAAAACAUCACACUUUAGGUUUUUGUUUUUUUUUUUUAACCUUUGUGUCAAGUAGGAAUUGGGAAAUGGAAUAGGAUUUCUCCGUGGUCCCACUGUACAGAAGACACCAUUUUGAUUCAGGCAUUUUUUUUCACACUUCAGGUUUGACUGGAUGCUGAGGACUUGUCCAUCUUGGAAGGCUAAAGGCAGAGCAGUGGGGGUUGGGCCACUCCCUUGGAGCUCUCAGAGCUGUAGACAAGCCGUGUGAACAAAUAGAUGUAAUCUUCCCCCAGAUACUGAUAUAAUGGGGAUGUGGUUUAUCUGAUCCUCUUGUUCCUCUGAAAAUUUUUUCUCCCUCUCUUCAGAGUUAAAAUGAAAGCAAACUACACUGUUUGGAUAAAGUCUCAAUCAGAUGGUAUCAGUUUGGCCUGGCUGAUUUUGCUGUCAUGUUGCAAUCUGACAGGAGAAUAGGGAUCAAGUUUUCAAUACUCCCUCCUCUUUUUUCCCUAGAAUUUAAAUGGCUGGAUUUUUCCCUACUUGCUACCCUUUUGUGUUGAAAGGGGGAUCUAAACCUCAGACUGACUUAAAGCCCUUGACAUUUUUGUUGCCUGUUAAGUUUUGUGCCAAGGAAAUAACUGCACCUGUCUUUUCAUGUCUUGCCUUCUCUGAGUGGUUGGCAGAAUGGAAAGAUAUGUCGACCAGUCCCAGCUUCUUUUUCAUUGAUCAUUUCUCUCUUCCCAUCCCCAGGACUUGACAGAAGCCAGGGAAAGUUUCCCUGGGUUACGUCUGAACUUAGCACCUGUGAUUGUUAGGGCAUGGAUGGGUGUGGGCAGAGUGUGUGAGUGCACAGGUGUUAAUGAGCUGUGUGUUGCUCAUGUUCUGAUUUUUGGCAACUUGACUCUGUACUUGGGGUCAGUCACUUAUGUCAUUGUAAUGAUUUCACUUCUAACUGUGACAUUUUUAUCAAAUGUGUGAAUAAAUAUAUAAAGAUUGGUACAAA